AUGGACAAUUUCCCAGUCUCCGGCGAGUCGCUCCCGGUGAGAGCUAGGCAUCUUGCAGAGACCUUUCGACGCAAUGACCGCUCCGGUGAAGCUUCAGAAAUGGAAAAGGCGAUAGGGCCUGCCGACGCCGACGUUGCCGACGCCGCCGAUGCUCACUCUGGUCCGACGCUCGAAACACUUAACCGACUCGGCACCUUGGUGAAAUCCUUUUUGACCCGGGGCAAGUGGGCUGCUGCUGCCGACCUUGGAGCCUUGGUGCUGGAUGUCCGCGAGUCUAGCUAUGGAGAGGAGGACCUAGCAACAAUGAGCGCUAUGAACAAUCUUGUUUCAGCGUAUUGGGGCCAAGGCCAGUUCGACGAUGCGGUCAAGCUUGGUGAGAGGGCCACGAAUCUCAGAAAGCGGAUACUUGGCGAGAAGAAUCCGCAGACGUUGGUUUCAAUGUCGAAUCUCGCAUCAGCCUAUCGAGGCCAAGGGCGAUGGGACGAUGCGCAGAAGCUCGACUGCCGAGUUUUGGAGAUCAAAGCAGAAACAUCGGGCCGAGACCAUCCCUCUACACUCGUGACCAUGGCAAAUCUCGCAACCUCUUAUGCAAGCCAGGGGAGGUAUGCAGAGGCAGAAUCCAUCGAACGGUCAUUGGUGGAACAAGGAGAAAAGAGGUCCGGCGCAACAGAAACUUCCAUCUUGACAUGGAAAUCGAACCUGGCAUCCACGUAUCGAGACCAAGGGCACCUUUCCCUCGCAGAAAGACUAGACCGCGAGGUCGUGGAGGCAAGACGAGAGACAUUAGGAUCAGAGCAUCCUUUGACCCUCACAUCCAUUGCCAAUCUAGCGUCAACCUAUCGCAUCCAGGGACGAUGGGACGAUGCAGAAUCACUAGAUCGCGAAGUAGUAGCAACUAGCGUGACAACUCUGGGCGAAAAGCAUCCGCAGACGCUGAUGUCAAUCAGUAACCUUGCAUCUACCUGCCGUAGCCAAGGGCAGCUAGAAGAAGCCAAAUACCUGGGCGAGAAAUCAGCAAAGGCUUUGAAGGAGGUUCUCGGAGAACGCCAUCCUCACACGUUAACUGCCCAAGCAGACAUGGCGGUGACAUACUACGUCAACGGACAAACAAGUGAUGCGAUGAAAUUGGGAUCUCAAGUUUUGCAUAUGAUGGAAGAGUCUCUGGGUGAAAAACAUCCGCACACGUUGAGCGUCAUGUCCAAUCUCGGAUUCAUGUACCAAUCAAAAGGCAAAUGGGACCAGGCUGGAAAAUUUGCAGAGACCGUUUAUACUCGGAGGCAGAGUACACUGGGGGAGGGGCAUCCUGACACCGUUGCAGCGUUGGAAGAUUUGAGGCGGAUUUCAUGGGUAGAAGCGGCGGACCGCAAUGCGGCACGGGCGAUGUCUAAAUAA